UGUAGAACUCAGGAACCAAGGCAAGUAGAGUGGCAUAUCCUCAGUACUUUUUGCUGGUUUACUUCCCCAACACUCCGCUUUGCAUAAACUGAUCACUCCAAAAUCUUCCAAAUCACUCGAAAGCUUCGAAAAUGGCCCCCGGAGUCCCCAUAGAUGCCUUCACCACCACCGGAAAGCUCUCAACACCCGAUGCAGGCUACCAUAAAAGGGCCUACGUGACAUUCUUAGCCGGUAAUGGCGACUAUGUCAAAGGGGUGGUAGGACUGGCCAAGGGGUUGCGCAGGGCAAGAAGCGCGUACCCUGUUGUGGUGGCGAUCUUACCGGACGUGCCUGAAGAACACCGGGAGAUCUUGAGGUCUCAGGGCUGCAUUGUUCAUGAGAUUGAACCAAUCUACCCACCUGACAACCAGAUUGAGUUUGCAAUGGCCUAUUAUGUGAUCAACUAUUCCAAGCUCCGUUUAUGGAAUUUGGAGGAGUACAGCAAGAUGGUCUAUUUGGAUGCCGAUAUCCAAGUGUUUGACAACAUCGACCAUCUCUUUGACAUGCCUGAGGGGUUCUUCUAUGCAGUCAUGGACUGCUUCUGUGAGAAGACAUGGAGCCACUCACCACAGUACUCCAUUGGGUACUGUCAGCAGUGCCCUGAGAGAGUGAAGUGGCCUGCCGAGAUGGGUUCCCCACCUCCUUUGUACUUCAAUGCCGGGAUGUUCCUGUUCGAACCUAGCCAUUUAACCUACGAAAGCCUUCUUGACACUCUCAAGAUCACUACACCAACACCCUUUGCAGAGCAAGAUUUCUUGAACAAGUUCUUCCAAGACAUGUACAAACCCAUCCCUCUGGUCUACAACCUGGUUCUCGCAAUGUUAUGGCGCCACCCCGAGAAUAUUGAGCUAGAUGAAGUUAAAGUGGUUCACUACUGUGCUGCUGGAUCAAAGCCAUGGAGGUACACGGGCAAAGAAACUAACAUGGACAGGGAAGACAUCAAGAUGUUAGUUGCGAAAUGGUGGGAUAUCUACAACGACGAGUCACUUGAUUUCAAGGCCGAAGACUGUUUUUCCGAGGCAGAGACUGUUUCAAGGGCAUCAAUCAUGGCCUCCAUGCCAGAGCCUGCAUUUUCCUACAUUCCUGCACCAUCUGCUGCUUAGAAGCAAAGAGCUGUUAGUCCCAAUAGUGUUCAAAGUUGGUUUAACCCUAUCCUAUACUAUUUGAUAGUUUUUCCUUUUUUUGGGUGUGACUUACAAAAAUACAUAUAAAUUUUUAAUACAGUCUAUCUAUCCAUCUAUUUAUAUAUAUAUGGUGAUAUACUGGUGUAUCUACAGGCAAAGGAGUGUAUAACUUUUCUUGCAAUUAUAGUGAAACCUUUUCUUUUUUGUUUA